UUGAAAUCAAAAAACGACGGCACAAACUAACUAAAUCAAUAUCCUCAAAUGAAGAUGUGGAAUUGUAUUCCGGCAACCUCAAGGAAGCGAUAAAAAAGGAAACCGAUUUCCUACCAGGAGGACCACAUCAAUCAAGACUGAAAACAGACGAUUUUUUCACAAAUUUGGAUUUUUACCAUGGAAAACAAAAAUCUUUGAAAAAGUGUCAGCGACGAAAACCGAAAGAAGAUCAWCGUGAUGCAACACCGAUGACAAAAAUUUCUGAAGUUUUUGUUGGCAAAAACGACGACAACCCAAAAUUAAUUUUGAUUUCAGGCGAAGCUGGUAUUGGAAAAACGCUGUUUUCGUACAAAAUAUUGAGAGAGUGGUCAACGAAUUGCAUAUCGAUGCCUAAUGUAAAGUUCACGUACCUGAUAACGUUCAGGCAACUUAAUCUCCUUGGMAAGGAAACGCUUACUCUCAGAAAAUUACUCAACCUCUCCCCUUUACUGGGCACAACAACCAUGAUAGACAAAACGUUGAUGAACUACAUCAUUCAGCAUCCSGAGCAGUUAUUUGUUGUUCUCGAUGGAUUUGAUGAAUACCAAGACUACAUCAAAUUAAUCGGAGACAGUCAUUCCAAAUAUGAAAAURAUGUUAAGAURAAGAUGCCAGUACCUGUUCUGAUCAGUAAACUAAUCCAAAAGAAAAUCUUGAGGGAUUCCGUCAUCAUGAUAACGUCAAGACCGGGCGAAGUCAACGAGUUGKACUUUGACAGAUAUGUGCAAAUUWCAGGGUUUUCAGAACCACAAAUCAUUGAAUUUGUUGAGAAGUAUUUUAACUCCAAACCAGACGAAGAAAAAAAGAUGGCGGUCGACAAAGUCAAAGGAAUUCCACAAUACACGCUGUUUGGUUWCGUCCCUUUGAGGUGUUUCUUCAUGUGCUCGCUCAUCGAGAGGGAAAUCGAAAAUAAGUUUACUAAAGAGAGUACAGUUCCUAUUACUGUUACAGAGUUUUAUUUCAAAGUUAUCCGCUGUUUAGAAAGUAGYAAUAAAGAAAUCCGUAAAUURSAAGAUAAGGAAGAGCAAAGGUUGGCUGUWGAAAAAAMCCUCGAUAAUUUUGCCAAAAUAGCUGCAAAAUUAAAUGAAGAAAAUAGAUAUACUUUCAAGCAAAAAGAUUURAAGAAGUUGAACUUAACAGRAGACGAAAURUCUUACCUUAAGGCGAGUGCCUUAAUUUUUYGUCAUCCUGWUGCCAGUGAUUCUACUUACCCACAAACAACUUUUGAAUAUGAAUUUACUCAUACAACUAUUCAAGAGUUUUUAGUAGCUCGCCAUUUGGUGAGUAUGGAUGUGGUGGCGGUCCCAUCYCAUGUCACUGACAUGAUCUGCAYAUUUCUAAGUGGUUUGUUGGGUUUGGAUAAGAAAAACAAUCAUGAUAAAUUUAUGAUGRAAAUAUUAGAUUGUGUAUCUAAMAGAGAUAUGAAGGGUGAAUGGAAACGACGCGUCAAGUUAUUACGGUGCYUGUACGAGUACGGCCAAGAAAAAGAAUUCACAAGACAACAGCUGACUAGAAACUCCGACAAYAGGUACUGGUACGAUAAUAAUGGAUGGAUUGUAUUAGAUGAUGUAACCGACACUGACUGUGGUGCAAUGGGGAUGUUAGUAGAGCUAACUGCUACAGCAAUAUCAUCACCACCAAGGGGAUUGUACAUUAAUGAGUCAUCSUUAACUAGAUCUGGUUUAAACGAUUUGCUGCCAUCUCUCAAACAAGCKUGCAAUAUCACUACAYUGGAGAUGUGGUUUUGUCAGCUAGAUGACAAUUGCGCAGACUGCCUGAGURAAUUUUUGCCAAAAACAAUGUUAACUUCGCUACAUCUUCCAUGCAAUAAUAUAACAGAUACUGGAGUAAAUUACCUCGUUAAGAACUUGCCCAGUAAUCUAACCGUAUUACACCUGGCACAUAAUAAAAUAUCUGAUACUGGAGCAAGCUGUAUCGUGAAUAACUUGCCAAGUAAGCUAACCAAGCUGGACCUGUCAUAUAAUCAAGUAACUGAUGGAUGUAGAAAGAACAUUGAACAAUUCUGUAAAUUUAGUCACCCUCAUGAUCUUGACAUCGACAUAUAGAUCGAUCGUCCAUCUUUAAUUUUACUUGUAGAUUCAGUGGCGGAUCCAGAUACAAAGGGGGUGGCUUACUCAAGAAAAAAUAUUAAACGGAAAGAUUUAUGAUUAAGGAAAAAUAAUUUUUUUUGGAAGAACACUGAUGUAGUUGUUUUUCAGAGAGUUAUUUUCCUUCUUUUUUAUGCUUAUUUUUUAACUUCUAAUUCCGUUUAUUUUUGAAUCCUAAAAAGAGGAUGGCUAGGCACCCUAAUUACCCCUCUGGUUCCGCCCUUGAGCUUAACUGUUCUUUUAGAUAUCGCUAUACUAUGUAAAUACAUCCAAUAAUCAUGUAAUUAAAAAACACACAUCAAUAUUAAAUACUCAUUAUU